CGUCCGCCGCCCGCCCGCCCCCGCGUCACGCGCCCGCCGCCUGCUCGGCCCAUCGUCCGCCUGCCCACCCCCGCGGCGCCGGCCCGCUGCCCGCCCGCCCAUGGUGUGUGCAUGCGGGCGCGCCCGCCCAUGGUGUGUGCAUGCGGGCCCGCCACCCACCAGCCCCCCGGGGCGUGCGCCCCCGCCCGCACUCGCCCGCCCGCCGCCCGCCUGUGGCGCGCACAUGCGGGCCCGCCGCCCACCCGCUCCCCGCUGCGUGUGCCCCCGCCCGCCCUCGCCCGCCCGCCGCCCGCACGUGGUGCGCGCAUGCGGGCCCGCCGCCUACCUGCCCCCCGCAGCGUGCGCCCUCGCCUGCCCUCGCACGCCCGCCCCCCCGCCGCCCACCCGUGGUGCGCGCAUGCGGGCCCGCCGCCCACCUGUCUCCCGCGGCGUUCACCCCCGCCCGCCCUCGCCCGCCUCCGCGGCGUGCACCCACCGCCCACCAGCCCUCCCCGGCGGAGCGCGACCGCCGUCCACCUGCCGCUCGCCCGCCCGCUUGUCCGUGCCCCGCCCGCCCCCUAUGGCGCAAUCUCUCUUGUUACAUUCUUUUCAAUUUCAAUCUCUCUUGCUCUUCCCAUUGCUGGAAACCCCGCUAUACUCUUUCGUGCAACUGUAGCCCCUAUCUCACGCUCCCGCGCGGCAGCCCUUGCUAUGACCUAA